AUGCCAAUUGGUCAGGAUUUGUGUCCUUCAUCUUUACAUCUAAUCAAGGAUUUUUCAGGUUACGAUUGGGUCCAGUGUACUAUACAAGAUACAAUCAACAAAAUGGUUGUGGAUUCCAUCCCAAGACAUGCAGUUGAAUUAAAAUCUAUUAUUGCACCUUGUGACAUUUAUGUUAAUAAUGCAUAUUAUUCAUAUGAUUGUAGCAUGCGUGGACAUAAACAAGGACCGAAAGACAAAACACAAAUCCAAAGAUUUGAAGAGCUCCGUCUCAAGUCGUCCCUUGCCCGCUCCCUAAUGCCACACUACGAUGAUCUCAGUGGUGCUGUCUCCAAUCUUGAAGACCAAAAAAUAUGUCAAAUUUUACGAGCCCUCUACUCUUCUAAUGCGGAACUUAAUAAGCUUAUGGUAAUGGAAGAAGGCCUAAAUCUUGAUAAUGCAUUGGCCUUGCACUAUUAUGCAGUUGAGAAUUGCAACCGGGAAGUGGUAAAACCAUUGCUUGAACUUGGUGUAGCUGAUGUAAACAACUUUGCUGCCCAGCAGGCCAAAACCCCCCACUCCACAUUGCCUUUGAAAUGGUGUCUCUGGCCAUGGUGGCUUUGA